GACAGCGCUCAAUCUGAUCUGAAGAGAGUAGCAGAUCAGCAUUGGAGUGAUGGGGCCUUAGAGGCCGACUUACGACGAGCUGACUUCAUAUUUAGACGACGUGCCAUGGAAGAUGCAUACAUGGCAUUGAAGCUAGAAGAUGUACUGCUUUUUUUUCCAACAUCGUUGUGGUUUUAUAAGAAACAUUCAUGACAUGAUGGCAAACAAAUUUUACCAAUUUCCUUCAAAUGAAAGGUCUUUCUCUCUCAAAGAUAAAAUGGGAUUCAUUACACUCAAAAAGAAUGGGAAAGCUCUUGAUCUAUUUGCAGAUGAGGUCACAACAGACCGUAUGCAAGCCAUUCAGGAAGCUUAUUGGACUAUGGCAUCUGCCUUACUGCCAUCUAGUCCAUGAUUCUAGCACAAGUCUUAUGGCUCUGAGAACUAUCAUCUAACAGUUUUCACUAGGAUGUAACUAUCUUACAACGAUGAGUCUCGAAGCUUCAAUGCAGCUAUUUGGUGAUGCUAAGGCCAAAUAUCUAAAUCCUUAUCUAUUUCAUCCCGGUUUCUUAUAAGUGUUCUUGGUGACAUCGUACAACUAGUUUUAGUGAUGUAUAGACACUUCUCCUCAAAUGACUAAUCCAAUUCGAGACUUCUGCUUCAUUUGAACUUGUUUAAACCAAGGAACCAUGCUGUUUUCCCUUGAUGCUAUGCUGAAUUGCCUUGCUCUUGGAUUCACUUUUCGGUUAUUCAACAG